CACAAAGAGUAGGUGUUGUAGAGAUUGUUUUCAGAUUAUAAAACAUCAAUUCAAACAGUGGGGGGAGGGGACACUUACUACAGCAUACAAAGAUUACAUCAUUGUUCUCAAGAGAUGAAUCAGAAAAAUAUAUUUGGAUUCAGUAACUCAGGCAGUCAAUUAUCUCUGCAGCAUGACAGAAUAAGGAUGAGCACUGGAUUUACAGCUGUGUAAUUAAAAGCAGCUCACAAGCGUUCAGACAGUCACUGUCAUUGUUUGAUCUGACUCCAAAAGAUUUAUGUUUAUUUAUACAGCUUGUGCAAAACAACAAAUGCAAAGCUGCAAUGAGUUCUAUAAAUGCCAGUUUUUCCCAGAGUAUCCUCAUUGUUCAUCCUGAAUACUUUUUCAUCAUUGGACUUUCAGGUAUACCGUACAGCACUUAUUACUAUAUUUUCCUAUUUAUCACAUAUUUCUUUUCUAUAAUUGGGAACUCUAUAGUCAUUCUUAUUAUAGCUCUAGACCGAAACCUGCACAGUCCAAAGUACAUUGGCGUGUUUAACUUGGCCUUGGCUGACAUUGGUGAAAUUAAUGCACUGAUUCCUAACAUGAUGAGGACUUUUCUGUUUAACUCACAGUACAUUUCCUUCAAUGCUUGUUUAGCAAACAUGUUUUUUGUGUUCUUCUUCAGUUCUAUGCAAAGUUUCACACUUCUUGUUUUGGCAUAUGAUCGCUUCAUUGCUAUUUGUUUGCCAUUAAGAUAUCAUGCUCUUGUGAACAAUACUAGUAUGGCUUUAAUUUUCACAGCAGUAUAUGUAUUUAAUUGUACUGUGGUGUCCAUGAUGGUGUCUUUUAUCACCCGACUUUCAUUCUGUGAAUCUAAUAUGAUACCAAGUUAUUUUUGUGAUCAUGGACCAAUUUAUAGGUUGGCAUGUAAUGACAAUAGCCUUAAUAAGUUUAUGGCAUUUCUCAUUGCAUCUUUAUAUUUUAUAGUACCAUUGGUCAUUAUAGUCCUGUCAUAUCUGGGCAUUUUUCUUGCUUUAACCAAAAUUACAUCUUGGGAAGGGCGUUUAAAAGCCCUAAAGACCUGUGUUUCACACCUUUUGUUAGUAGGAACAUUUUUUCUUCCCAUUUUCUGUGUAUACUUUUCGCAACUCUUGCUGUCUCUCUCACCCAAUGCAAGGGUCAUCUGCACAUCUCUGGCAUAUGCUGUUCCACCAAUGCUAAAUCCCAUCAUUUAUGUCUUAAACACAGCUGAAAUCAAAGAUAUAAUUCAAAAAGUGUUUAGAAACAGAUCUGUUGAAAGUAUUUCAAAAUGAUUAAAAUGUCUAUGAAUUUAUGUUGUAAAAAUGGGAAUUAGAUUACCCAUAUGAAGACUGCAUGCUCAGGUCUCACAGUGGUUUCUAUGAUUUACAAUACAAAAUAAUGUUAUUUAUAUGCUUAAUAAUUUAUGAAUCCAGCUAAUUUCAAAUGUCUAUAUUGUAAUGCUUGAAUUCUUAGUUACUGAUCCCAGGACUAAACAAACAGACAAACAACAACAACAACAACAACAACAACAAAAACACACUUAUUUUAAUUACUUUUUGUGAGCAAUCAUUAUUAUGUUGACAUUUAAUGUUAACAUCUUUCACUGUCAUUUUUUUCUCAUGAAAUGCUUGAUUUUUUAAAAUAAAACAAUAUUUCCUAAUGUAUUCCUAAUUUAAUUUGUAAUACAGAGGACCAUUUUGACGAGCAUGAUGGUCUGAGAUCUGCUGAUAUGGCUCUUUUUAUUGUCUUUCUGCAUUUGUGGUUUUCUCAUUUAUUUUUCUUUGCUGUGCCGUAAUUAAUAAAAAGUGUAACACAGAGAUGUUUUGGCAGUUUAUUUAGAGUGACCUGGAAGGGACAUGAUCUUUUCUCUUAAUUUUGUUGUGGCUACAACAUCAUAGACCCUUUUCAUGUUACGUCAUAUAACGUUCUGACUCUAAGUGUGUGUACUUCCACCAGUGGAAUGAUAGUGCCACUAGCAUUACGUUCACACAGUCUCUGGUACAUCUGCCACAAAUAAUGCUAGAGCAGUGGUUCUCAACCAGGGGGCCUCAGUGGUCCUCCAGGGGGGCUGUGAGAUAACUUAAAAUUAAUUUACAUAUAUGAACAUAAUUUAUUAAUUUAUUAUUAAUAUGUUAAAUAAAUAAAUAAAUUAAAACAAAUGACCUCUCUG